AUAAAUGGAGUAGUUUCCCGCGCGGGCGCACAAGCGUAGCUUCAGUGAGCUAUUUCCGGAAGUUCGUGGAAAAGCACGCAAGUUUGUACAAGUUUAAAGUGGGCAAGGCAAAAAACGCGUCGUUAUCGCUAAAACUGUAGGAAAAAUGUCGACAAGCACGUUGCCUUGGAGGAAGAGGAGUUUCGACGAUUUCGAAUCUCCGAUUCCAGUCAAACGCUUCAAUUAUUAUCGGUUAGAAAGCGAAAGCUCUCCUGGGAGUGCUGCUGAUGAUACGGAAAGUAUUCACAGCAUCCAGGAUAAAGAAACUGACAUUGUUAGGGAUACGUCGGAUACGAUGUCGGAUUCGUCUGAAUACGAUGUAGAUAUCGAAUAUGAAAUUGAGAGUCUGUCUGAAGGUGAUGAUAACAUCAUCAUUUUUGACUCUUCGGGUGCUGAGUCUGAGGGCGUUAUGUAUGCAGCCGCCGUGGUGGGAGACAGCUCGCUCGAAACCUUCAUCACCGACGCCGAAGACUCCGACAACAGCAGACAGGACGACUCCUCCUCAGGUCUCACGGAUUUCUGGGUUUGCAUACAAUGCAAAUCCCAAAAUGACAAUCCACAGUUUAGGUUUUGCGACAAAUGCUUCCAGGAUCGAAAGGCGUUCUUUCCACCACGACCAAGGCGUCGCAAAAAAGCCGAAAGGAGUAAAGAAAAAUCCCACUCCCCCGUCAAACUAGACGCGUUACAGUCGUGUCUCAAAGGCUUGUCUCAGGACUCUGGAAUUGGUUCAAGUCAAGAGUUUGAAUCGCUCGGUCUCGAUCAAAUCGUCAUCCCCAACACUGAAAAACCCUCAACUAGUCUAACUGAAGAAGGAAAAAACCGCAAACGGCAAAUCUCCGAAAGCAGUCUUUCGGACGAAUAUGAGGAGAAACGACCCAGGAAGCAACCCAAAACCAAGGAGAACAAGGAAAACAUCGAAAAGAAAAGUGGUGAUGAGAGCGACGUAGCGAAGAACGCAACGAGUGAAAAAAGCUGUGCUGUGUUGGACGGGGAGCCGCCAAAGUCACCCGAAGCGGAUCAAAUAAAAGGUCCUUUACCUGAGUUGAAAGAGGACUGUAUCAUGUGUAACGUUCAACCUAAAAAUAGUGUUUUCUUGCACGGACGUAUCGCACACAUGUGUUGUUGUUACGGUUGCGCUAUGCGAACAUGGAAGUCACUAAAAAGGUGCCCCAUUUGCCAACGAAAAGUUAGUAACGUGGUUAGGGUCUUCACCACUUAGUUUAGUCCAAUAGUAUUUAAUAAAUUAGUAAUUGUACAGAAUAAAUUUUAAUUUAUUAAGGCUAGCUUAGUUAGGAAAUUAAGCAUCUCAAAAACUUAAAGAGUGACUAUAAACCAAAGAUUCAGGAUAUUAUUAGAUUUCUAGUUUUUAUUACAAGUUGCCAUGUUAUUUUUUAUUCGAACCGAUAAACAACAUUUGUUAAAUUACGGAACGUUUGAGUAAUGUUCAUAGAAACACUCUUUAGAUUUUUGAAAUGCUGAAUACGGGGGUCAAAAAAUUGUAAGGAACGCUUUUGUGUAUUUUAGUAACGGGUUGGGGCAUUACAAAAGUCUUAAAGACGGUCACCUCGCGCUUAUUUCCUCAGUCAUUAAUAUUAUUUCUACGUAAUUUGUUGUAGAGAUACAUAUUAUUUAAUACCACGAAUUGUUUUUUAUGAUUCGCUCAUAAAAAACUUAUUCACCUGAAAUUAAUUACUUCCAUUUAGUUUGUUUAAUGUACUCAUCACAAUGAGAAACUGUGCAAUUUAACAAAUUUUGUUUUUCAACAAUUAAAACAGAGUAAUUACAA